UUCUGAGGAGGGGGAAGGAUGACAGAAAUAGUCCUGUUCCUUUGGAAUCUCCUCACAUUCCCGACUCUGCUCCUUGUGUCAGUGGAGAAACAAGCUCUGGGUUCUUCCGUGUUCCAGGAGGGAGAGACCAGAUAAACAACCGAGUCAGGAGUGCCUACUGCCUCCAACCUGUGAACAAAUCGUCCCAAAGAUGGCCUCCAAGUUCAGGGAAAACUGACUUCUCUGCAGGACAGGAAGCAGGACUGUGUGUGAUUGGACAGUAUGUACACGGACGAGUGAGGGAGCAUGGAGCUCGACUUAUAGAGAACAUCUUUCUGUGAAUAAGUAAUAAAAAGACGUUAGCAUUAUGAGACCAUAAAUCAUAAACAUCCACCUGAAGAAGCCAAAGGACAGACGCUGCUCCUCCUCCUCCCUCUGACCCCAUCACUCAGCCGCCAGGAUGCUGCAGCAGAUUUUAAACGACAUGUACGUCGACCCAGAUGUGCUGGAUGGUCUCAACGAAGAUCAGAAAAAGACUCUGUUCAUGAAGAUGCGUCAGGAGCAGGUGCGGCGCUGGACGGAGCGGGAGGAGAAGCUGCAGAGAGAUGGGGGGGACCUCAAGUCCAAGCCGAGAAAACCCAACAGUAAGAAAGUGAGCUGGCUGCUCGGCCACGACGGAGACGUCUCAGUCGCCGUGAUCGGAGAGGUGGACGAGCUGACCUCUGCGUUCAUCUGCACCCGGUCGGUGGCGCUGCAGAGCAACAACGGCCAUCAAAACACCCUGAAGAACAAAACGGCCUCAGAAGUGAGAAGUGAAAGAGAAAGUGUCUCCCAGCAAACACAACCUGAGAUCUCCUCUAAAGAGAAGGUGUCAGCAGCUGAGGGUCCAGCACCUACAGAAGCAACAAAGCGCGACCCGAUGGCAGCCGAGGAGAAGUCCGCUCCCCAGGCCUCCAUCUGCUCCAGGUCCUCCACGAGAGGCGGUUCCGUCAUGGUGAGACCGGCUUCUGCUAACCCGACUCUAGGCUGUGUCAACACGAGGCCCGGCAUCUCAAAUCCCAGGCUGGCGACCGCUGCGCCGCCCUCCUCUUCCUCCAGCAGCACCGUCAAAUCAAACUCAGCGUCGCCCGCCAAAGGUGGUCAGGGCUCUAAGGAGCCCCCAAAGCCUCACGAGGCACAGGACAGGACAGGUGUCGGUGCAUCAGGGACGUCUCAAAGGCCUGACUCGGCAGACUCUGGGACGCCGGGGACCACACCGGCCUGUGCGGGACGCGGCCGUGUGGCUCAGCUGAUGAAAACCUUUAGCGGAGACACACCGACACAAACCACUGCUCGUGGCAUCAAACCUCCCCUCCCCACCAAACCCAGCCACUUACGUUUAACGACCAGGUAAUCCUAAAGAGGAACCGACAGACUCGCCUACAAGUGUCCUUCUGCUUGAAUUAGGCCACGCAGGACGCCAUCAGACACAUCCAGUCCGAAAACUCCAGAAGCCUCUGUGUUGUUUUUAUCCAGAAGCAUCCUGAAGGAAAUGAUUGAAUGUAAGACUGUUUUUUUUAUGCUGCAGUACUGUAAACCGCUGUUUUUGGGUAAGAAAAUCUAAAGCAAUCAAUGGUAUUUAAAUAUUUGGUAAGAAGCAUAGUUCACCUUGAGGUUUAACACUUUUAACAAAAAUGUAUUCUGACGUGUGGUACCACUGCAAAAUAAAUCAAACCUUACUAGAAGUUAAUAAAUAUGUUAGUAAUUUAGGCGCAAAGUCUUUGUAAAUCGUUAAUUAACAUGCAGGAUCAGUAUUUUGUUAGAUUAAGCUCUGUGUUUAAUCCGUGUUGUAAUUUAAUCUGGCGGGUUUUCCUUUUCCACUCAUCCCAGUAAAGCUACAUUGUUGCGUAUCGAUCAGUUUUUGCACUUUUCAAAGACAUUUCUGUGGAACUCUUGUGAACUGUAAACAAUCUACCUGCAUUUGCUUUUGAACGACCUCAGUUUGGAGAAAAAGGAGCGUUGGCCAGAUUGAUAAGCUAACGGCUAGUUACAGCAGGGCCAUUGCAGCCAUUUUAAAAUGACUUUAAAAUGUUUCCGUGGAUCGUGUGUAAACCGUUUCCUUCCUAGUUCUGUUAACUUUGCAUUCUGAGAUAUUUAUCAGGUUUCAGUCGGCACCUGUAGCUCUUCUAGUUGGAGUUUCAUAAACGUUCCUACAGAAUAACUGAAAUGCAAAACUACCGGCUCUGUAAGGUUUAGCAUUAGUUGUUUAGAGAGAGCAGAAAUCCACUUUGGCAUGCGUUCUGCUAUGACUGGCUGUAAAUCUUCUUUUUAGAUCAGAUAAUCACUGUUUCUCUAAACUUAGGUUGUUCUAAAAGCUAUCUACAACAUGUUCACAGAAUACAGUGUAGAUGAUGAGGAAGGAGCAAAUAGGCUCACUCUUUUGGCCUUUUGUAUUGAAAUGCUCUGAUUGUUACUGUUUUUUGGAGUUUUUGCAGCUUAAUAUUAAACAUUCAUGAACCUUUUGUUAGGGUUGUUUAUUAUAAAGUGGUGCCCGUAAUUUAAUGAAUUCUAAAACAUUUGCAUCAGCGCCUACACUUCCUGUUCCUUUCCUCUUGCUUUUGUGUUUUUGAACAAACAAAGGGCACGAUCAGGCAUGAAGGAGGUGAGAGUCGGUGCAGAAAGAUCCUCCCUUAUGCUGCCUUCUCUUCCCGGGGAAUCAUGUCGGCUCGUUUAUUUGUCACAGUGCAGUGUCGGUGUCCCUCUGCCACCUGGCAAGAGUCUCGCUGCGACCUGCUGUGGACCAAUGACAGCACCAAACACUCACAUGUCACUCCCAGGGGAUCAAAUCCUGGCGAGUCAGACAGUCGCUGCCAAAUAAUCCAGAUCUGUGCUACUGUUUUUGUUGUUUUUUUUUGUUUUAUUUUUGUGCUAUGUUCGAGGUAUGUUAUUGGAUAAUCUUUCUUUUUCUACCUGGAGACGUGUUUUGUUACGGGAUGUCUGUAUUUGUGCAGUGCUCUUUUGUAAAAUCUUCAUCUUUCAUGUUGAGAUAAAAUGGCACAGUCAAAUAAACAAUAAAAAAUG